AUGUCGGGCUGCAAAGGUGGCAAAAAGAAGCCCCUGAAACAGCCCAGGAAGCAGGCCAAGGAGAUGGACAAGGAAGAUGAGGUUUUCGAGCAGAAAGGAAAAGAGGAGCAGAAGAAACCCGAGGAGCUAAAAGCCAACACCACGGGCAAGGGACCCCUGGCCACAGGUGGAAUUAAGAAAUCUGGCAAAAGUAAACUGUUCCUCAUAUCUGAGAUGAUGGUGACCCUCUUCCAUUCCUAUUUAAAUAUCUGGAUUCCCUGCCAUAACAUCUUUGCCACCUGCAGCUAG